ACUUUUGGUCAUUCGUCAGUGAACCGUCGUGCAGCUCGAAACGCGACGCGAUCCGUUGGAUAUAAGUAUACUGUCCAAACAAAUACAUAAACUCGAUUCUUCUUCGCCGAAGAACGAACGUUUUCCUUACGUCUUUGUGUGUGUGUGCGUGUGUACGGUGCGUUGCGUUGCGGUGUACGUGUUACCAUUUGCAUUUUGGCUUUUUAGUUUUUUAGUUUUGUUAACUAUUCAGCUUAUUAACUCGCUUUUCGUUCCAUUUCGCCGCGUUGCAUUUUGGCCAGCGAUUGCAUUUCUCGGUUUCGUUUUUGGAUCGGCUUUCGUUGUUUUUUGGAUAUGGGGGGGGCCUUAAAAUAGCCUUUUGCCGUAAUUACUGGGCUGGCCGCAAGAAAACGUGUUUGUGUCUAAACUACAGUUACAACCAGAGCAGCAGUUGCUGCAGCUGCAUUUCACUCAAAAGUGUUUGCCGAAAUCGAAAAUAAGAAAGAAAAUAUAGAGUUUUCGAUAAAAAGAGAAAAAGAAAACGACACUCGGUCAGUGCGUUAUUCUUCUAUUUGUUCGCCAGUUAACAUUGUGCUCAUAAUUUAUUGUACCCAGCGAUAUGCAAAUAGAAAGCAACAAAUCUGUUCAGCAAGUGGAAUAUUUCAACGUUUAAUUUGGGCCCCAAAACACCAAACAAGUUACCCAAGAAACAGAAUUGGAACUCACUCCGCGGCAUUUUCCCUUGAAAGACAAUAACAAAAAGGCAGCAAAACCAACGAAAACCAUUGAACAAAACGGCCAAGACACUGAGAUUAAGCAGGCAGCAGGCGGUUUUCAGCUGAUGAGCAACAAAGGACAGAGUGCAUCGGAGCCAUUAAUUUAAAUUGGGUAUUAUGAGCGCACUAGCAACAAGGACAGAAAGCUCAUGUACGACAAGUCCAAGAAAUCGUGGAGUCAGCGGCUCAAGACGCUCGGCAGCGGUGAUUCCGUGGACAAGAACGCUUCGCUAGCCGCCGUCAGCGGGAUGCAGGCCAUGCAGCAGUUGCAGCUGCACAUGCAGCAACAGCAGCAGCAUCAGUUGCAGCAGCACCAUCACCAGCAGCAGCAGCAGCAGCAGCAACUUUUGACCCACCAUGGCCACCACCAGAUGGUGACCGCUUACCAAUUGCCACCGGUGCCCGCCGCCGAAUUCCUGCCCAGCGCUCUGUCACGUUCGAUGAAGUACGCGGAGCCAUGGAUCUACGGCACGGUGCGCGGCAUUCCGGCCCGCCCCUCCUACGGCUACCAUCCCCAUGCGGCGGCGAUUUUCGCGGCAGCGGAGGGCAUGCCCGGCUCAACCGCCCUGGCCGUGGUGAUCUGCUCCUGUGCCGAGUACUUGAACGGCACGAAGCGCGACGUGAAGAAGGCCAGUGUGUGCAAGAAGUGCAAGGGGUCACGCCUGCCGCUGGCCACCAUUGGCGGCGGCACUGGGGGCACAGUGCGUCUGCCGGCUGUCAGCGGGGCCGGGAACGCCCGACGACCCACCAUGGCGGCCACCAUGCGGGUGGUGAGUGCCACCAAGAAGUCACGUCCCUCCAUUCUGGAUCCGCAGAAGGAUCCCUACGACCUGAUGCGACGCACGCGUCUGCUGUCGCCGGAGCCGAGCUCCAAGGAUGCGGAUGGCAAGUCACGUAGUCGCAGUGAGGCGGGGGUGAAUCAGCAGUCCAGGGGUCGUACUCGCACACGGGCUCCUGCCCCACCGGCCCCCACUAACCAGAAAUCUCCAGCAGCAGCAGCAGCAGCAGCAGCGGCUACAACAGCUGAUGCCACGGAUUGCUGGCUCAUGGAGGACAAUGAGUCGCUGCUCCAGAGCAGCGGUUUGGCCUCAUCGAGGGCCUCCAGUCGGCGGUCCAUACUGCGCUGCCACGUCAAUCCCUAUGACCUGAUCUCAAGCGAAAGUGUUAAGCUGCCGAAUGACCUGAGGAAGCCCCAUGAUCACUUCAAUGUGGCCGAUGCCCAGCUCAAUGAUGACCAACUGGAGCGAAGGCGAAGCAGCAGCAGCAAGUUUUACAGCGGCAAUGUCACGGCCAUUGCGGGGCAAAGGAUAAUCCUGGGUGAUAAAUCCGGCGAUAGCUCCGAUCCAGGUGACAGCUAUGAGCGAAUUAUAGUGCUCUCUGGUGGCGAACCGACAUCUAAUGGACCGCGACGACCGCCGCGCAAUAAAAAGGCGGAUGAGCCUGCGGAAACAGCCACAGCAGCAACACCAGCAACAGCAAUCACAGUUAAGCCCAAGGCAGUGGCUCCCAUUGAAGGGGAAAAACCAGUGGAGAACAGUGAUUCCACUUACACAGUGCUCACUGUGACGCCCACUUCGCCAGCCAUCAAGUCGAUUUUAAAGCGCCCCUCGACUCUGGAGUUGCCUGGCGUUGCAGUGGGCACAGCCACCACCACAGCUCCGUUGCCACUUCCUCUCCAGACGAGUGACAAUUCUGGCCCCGUGACGCCUGCGGGCAAGUCACAGUUCUAUAUACCAACGCCGACGGGGACAACUGCCACGCCCACGACCCACAGCACGCCCAUGGCCACAUCAACACCUACACCUACACCCUUGGCAGCCGUUGCAACAGCAGCAGCAGCAGCAAUCACGCCGGGUUCACGCAAAAAAGUGCAAUUUAUGGUCGAGGAUAAAAUCAUAGCCACGACUGCGACUGCGACUGCAACAGCGACAGCGGCGACAACUGAUGACAGCGAUGCCAGUGUGGCAGCAACGAAAACAAACUACGAAUACUACAAUCGCAAGCGAAAUGCAGCAGCAGCGGCAGUAGCAGCAGGAACAACAGCAGCAACAGCAACAGCGACAGCAGCAACAUUAACGGAUCAGCAGGAGGCAACGCUAUUUGCGGCUGACGUUGAUGACGAGCAUAACUUUACAACUUCCGCUGAGGCAACUCCGUUCAUAAAGCCGGAUAGUUUGCAUUAUGAAGAUGUUCUGCCGGGUCCCCAAAUAUUUGACAGCAACGAAAAGCCAGCUGGCGGCGAGUCCUCGUCCUCGUCCACGUCCACGUCCACGUCCACGUCCACAUCCUCCAAAUUAUUACUGCCAGCGGAUGGGUCGCCGCAUGUCACUGCGAAUCCUGUCAGCGUUUUACCAACUGGCACAUCAAAUGGAGUGGGAGUUGCAGGAGGAGCAACACUACCAGCAACACUAUCAGCAGCAGUACCAGCAACACCAGCAACACCAGCAACACCAACAGCAACACCAACAGCAACAGCAACCCAAAAGACAGCAGCAAAUCGCGAUUAUGACGAUGAUGACGAGCACAACGACAAGGAUGAGAGUCACGACAACAAGCCCACAGACUUUACUGAAAGGGAGCGAAAGGAUAAGGACAAGGACAAGGACGAGGAUGAGGGAACAAGGAUCUGGAACUGGGAGAAACUGAUGCUGGAGAAGAAGGAGGAUGGCGUUGCCAAGCCUGCGGCAAGUCAAAAGCGUGCAGCACAAACGACACAAUCGCGAAAUCCCAUCAGACGGGCGCACAGUGAGCGGCAUUUGUCGACCGCGCCCUCUGUUGCCACCGCCCCCUCAUCCACCCCCCCUGGCCACGCCCACCCGAGAAACUGCCACUCCAUACCAACAACUCCAGGCAGUGGCUGGGUGCCGUCACAGCAGAAUGUCAUUUUAAAUUUUAAGGACACAAUGGCGCUGCGCAUAAAAAGCAACCGCAGCGACUCGAGAGAUUUAUUUCAAAGGCGACCGAAGGAGCCGCCACCACCGCCCCCAAAAGGGGGAGUGGCUAGCAAAGGAUUAGAGCCGCCUCAGCCGCACGAAAUCAAUAAGUCGCCCCAGAGGACAGUGGUUCGGGUGGCCCCGUUCAAGCAGCGGGUGGAUAGCUUCACCCACGAGGUGCAUCGACUGAAGAUCUCGCACAGCGAGGAGGAGGUGGAGCUGCGCCGGAGACCCAAUCUCUUCCAGAUCCCAUCGCCCCAUGAAGAGGAUGCGGCUCCCAAGAAGACCUCUAUACUGAUUAGUGGCGAUGAUUGCUACUCCACCAUGAAUCUGAGUGCGGAUGCUGCUCAGCCUUUGUAUCAGUCCUCGGUGGUGGUCAAUAGCCACUCGGCCACCAGUGUGUGCAUCAGUGUGAGCAGUGCCGAGGAGCAGGAACAGGAGCUGAAUCAACUAAACACUCUGCGCAGCCAGCAGCUGGGCCCGGGCAUAGCCAUCAUACCCAUACGCGGAGGCAGCGAGGUGAACCUGCAGCGGUCGGUGUCCUGCAUCUCCUCCACCUCGAGUAGUUCCACCUCGAGCAGCAGCAGCAGCAGUGGCAGGGGCAGGACCUUGAUCCGCCUGGACUACGACAGGGAGCGCAAGGGUUCGGCCACCAGUAGUACGCCCAUCAAUACGCCGCCUGUUAUUAGUUCUACCCCAGCCACUCCACCGCCAGAGGAGCUGGUGCCGCACGAGACCGAGCUCUUGAAGAUCCUGCGCAAUCCCGUGGAGGCAGUGAAACUCAAUUUGGUUCCCCAUGUCUGUGGCCUAAGGGCGCCCUCGCGGGAAAGCGGUAAAACCAAGAAGGGGGAGGAGGUACUAAGUACUGCCCCCACCAAGGAGCCCAAUUUCAUAGCCAAACUCCUGAGGGAUCCCAUGCUGGGCCAGGUGGCCGAUGGCCUGGAAACAGAGACGGUGGCGGAGCUCAUUGAGAACUCGCUGCAGAGAUUGCAGCAAACGCGCCGGGGCAUCGACAUGAGCGGCACCAAAGACCACGAUGACAUGAACCGGCUGAUCAGCGCCUCGCUGCAGCGCAUCCGCCUGGAAAGACAGCCGCAUCCGGUGGCGGCCACACCUGGCAGUGCAACCAAAGAGGAGGACCGCCUGUCCAAUCGGGGCAGCAUCAGUUCCGCCAACAGCUUUGCCUCGGCCCACAACUACGAGCUGUUCGACUUCGACUCCGGAGCAAAUGGCAAUGAGUCGGAUUGCUAUCAGAGCUGCUCCAGCGAGUUGACAGCCUCUGGUGUCCUGGAGGAGGACUCUUUAAAGGAUCCUGAAACCGAACUAGAUCCUGCCACGCGGGCCAAGUUCUAUCAACUGCUGGUGGAUGCCACUUUGGCCGAGAUUGAGCACUCAACGCAUCAGGAUUUGGGCACCGACGCGGAACACCACUACGAAUCGAUUAGGCACAGUGGGGAUCCCAUUUACGAGGAGAUCCACGAGGUGCCCCCGCCUCUGCCACUCUCUGCUCCGCCGCUGAACGAUGCCGAGCUUGAGAAGAAGGCGGCCCGUUCCAUCUUCGAAGGAGCCUCCAAAUAUGAUAUACUCUCCUAUUUGGUGGACGCCAAGGAGCGUGGUUUGGCCCGCGAAGAGAGCUUUGAUUAUGGCAACAAUCCUAAGAUAAUAGAAGAGGAAGCUGCCGAUACUCUAAGUGAUUUGGACAAGCGACAGGCGGAGGAGCGGGAACGGGAGCGGGAUAGUGGACAGAGCAGCAUGAGUUCCCUGUCGCCGCCACCACAUAAUUUCAUAUGCGGCGGAGGAGGAGGAGGAGGAAAGUCCUCUGGCAGCGAUGUGGAACGCCAGGACUCGGGCGUGGGCUCGGAAACUAGUAAAAUCUCCCGUAGCAAGUACCAGGCCACGCCCACCGUACUCCAUCUGUGCGAGGAUUGCGAUGGAGCCGUGGAAAUGCAGGUGGGCGAUGGCGGAGUGCUCUAUGCCCCAUUAGUUUGCCGCAAGUGCGGCAAGAAGCGAGUGGAACGCAAGGAGAUCAUCACCGAGAUCGUGGAGACGGAGGAGAAGUACGGCAGGGAUCUGCAGAUCAUACUGGAGGAGUUCUGCCACCCCAUGCUGGUGGCCGGCCUGCUCACCCAGGAGCAGCUCUCCGCGAUCUUCCUCAACACGGAAGAUCUGCUCGAGAACAACCAGACGCUGGCCGAGCGCAUGCGCGACGCCCUGGACAUGUCGCUGGAGCAGGGCGACGACGACCUGCUCACCGUGAACAUCGGGCGCAUCUUCCUCGACUUCACCCAGAUGCUGCACGCCUUCGAGAGCUACUGCGUCCGCCAGGCGGGCGCCAGUCUGCUGCUGGCCAACCUCGAGAAGGAGAAGGAGCUGCUGCGCAUCUUCCUCAAGGUCUCCCAGAUGGAGAACGCCGUUCUGCGGCGCAUGAACCUCAACUCCUUUUUGAUGGUUCCUGUUCAGCGAGUGACAAAAUACCCUCUCCUCCUGGCCCGUCUUUACAAGGUCACACCCACCCAAGUUGAUGGGCGCGAUCUGCUGAAGCAGGCCCAGGAGAAGAUCGAGCUGCACCUGAACCACAUCAACCAGGAGGCCAAGGAUGUGCCCACCAAGCUGUGGCGCCGCAUCAGCUCCUCCAGCCCGAAUCGACGUGCCUCCUGCGAGAUCGACAUGAUCAACAUCAAGCUGCGCAAAAUGGCCAUCGAUGUCCUGGAGUGGAACCACGACGAGGUGCGGUUCGCCAUGGAGGGACGACUGCUCUACACACAGCCCACGGACAGCAAUUGGAAGAAGGCCCGCACCAUCAAGUUGACUCCCGUCAACGCCUUGUUGGUUACGAAUGGCAAGCCAAGUGCCAAUUACAGGGCAGAGAAGGCCAUGUCGGAAAAACUGAAUUUCCCGAAGCACACGGGCAUCCGCGAGGCCUCGCUGCUUUUGGUGAAGGAGAAGUGCGGACGGUACACGCUGAUCCGGGAGCCGCUCUAUCUGGACAGAUGUGUCGUGUGCAGCGAAGCGGAUUGGGAUGAUUAUUUCGAAGUGCAGGAAAUUUCAUCGAAGGACACAUUCAUAUUCAAAGCGGAGGACGGAGUGCGGACGAAACAAUGGUACACACAGCUGCAAUAUCACGCCCAGGGCAUGGGGGCGUGGCGCAAGAGGCGGAACGCCCUGGCCAACAUCAUGAUCAACGGAAUGCUGGCGAGGAGUUAGCCUAUCCCCAUCGCUAUCCCUAUCUGCAAACCCAAUACCCGCAGGACUCCGGAUACCGAUUAGAAAGGCAAAAAGGACGCAAAACUCAACAAUUGGUUAUGCAUUUAAUGUGUAUUUAUGCGCUAUUAACCAACGAGCAAUUUCUUUUCGUAAUUAUAAUUUAAGUGAUAUACAAUUGAAUCGAGCACGCAUAACGCUAGUUAGUGUUUACAUAAUACCUAUAUCUAUAUCUAUGCCUAUACCUACAACCUACAACCUACAACCUACAACCUAUACCUAUAUAUAUUAUGCAUAACCAAUACGUACACACGAAUACCCUGAAUACAAUGCAAUAAAAUACCAUACAUUAAUUAAAAACUUCUAA